CAUUCAAAUGCAAACCAGGGUGUACUAAAAUAGGGGCUGGGGGCUGUCAGCACUCCCUCUUCCUAUGGUGCUGCUGCUUCAUCCAGAUUUGUAACCUGCUGCAGGUGCUUUUUUUUUGUUUUGGUCAAUACAAAUAACUGCAGGUUACCUGUGACAUUAAAUUUGGCCAUUAGUCUUGCCAUACAAUGGCCAUGUUACUUCUGCAUCCUAUCCCCAUUGCUCAUUGUAUAUCCUCUGGUGCUCUCUUUUUCCUGGACUUGUCCAUCUAAUAUAGCUCUCUAGGGAGCAACCGCAUCAUCAGUUCUCUACAGAAUCUGGUAUAUCCUCUGGUUCGCUGUAAAUGUUUGAAUGAUGUUCAUGAUGAAUUUGAUACUAAUAUUCCUCCUUAAUGGAAUACUUUGUUGUUCUGCUGAUGAGUCGGUACCCAGAUUACUCCUGGUAUCUUUUGAUGGUUUCAGGGCUGAUUAUCUGCAGAAAUAUGAACUUCCACAUCUCCAAGAUUUUGUUAAGGAUGGUGUGUUGGUAGAACAUGUUACCAAUGCUUUUAUCACAAAAACGUUCCCAAAUCAUUAUAGUAUAGUCACAGGUCUGUAUGAAGAAAACCACGGCAUUGUAGCAAAUAAAAUGUUUGAUGCUGCUACAGAGAAACAUUUUUCACCCUCCAAUGAUGCAGAUUCAUUCUGGUGGAAUGAAGCAAUUCCUAUUUGGGUAACCAACCAGAGAAAGAAUAAAAGUAGUGCUGCUGCAAUGUGGCCUGGUACAGAUGUAAAAAUUCACAAUACUACCCCUUCCCAUUUUAUGAAAUAUGAUCCUUCAGUAAGCUUCAAAAAAAGAGUAGAGACCAUUAUUACAUGGCUGAACAGUAGUAGUCCACCAGUCACUUUUGCCAUUCUUUACUGGGAAGAGCCAGAUGCAAGUGGACACAAGUAUGGACCAGAAGAUACUAAAAACAUGACCAAAGUGUUGAAAGAAGUGGAUAAGCUCAUUGGCCUUCUUGUUGAGAGGCUCAAGGCUGCAAACUUGUGGGAUGAAAUGAAUGUUAUAAUUACAAGUGAUCAUGGCAUGGCACAGUGUUCCCAAGAGAGGCUGAUAAAUCUGGAUAAAUGCAUUGGUCGUGGUAACUACACACUGAUAGACAAGAGUCCAGUUGCUGCAAUACUACCAAAAAAUGAAACAUACGUAUAUAAUUUGAUGAAAAUCUGCGACCCUCAUAUGAAUGUGUACCUUAAAGAAGAAAUACCAGAGCGAUAUCAUUACCAUCACAAUAAGCGCAUUCAACCCAUAAUUUUGGUUGCAGAUGAAGGCUGGACAAUUGUGCAAACGGAGGCUCUUCCAAGGUUAGGAGACCAUGGCUAUGACAAUACUCUUCCAAGUAUGCAUCCAUUCCUGGCAGCUCGUGGGCCUGCUUUUCGAAGAGGCUACAAAAAGAAGACAAUAAAUACAGUGGAUAUUUAUCCAAUCAUGUGCCAUAUCCUAGGUCUGACACCCGAGCCCAAUAAUGGCACUUUGAGCAAGUGUUUGUUAGUUGACCAGUGGUGCAUAAAUGUUCCUGAAGCCAUUGGAAUAGUUAUUGGUGUAUUUAUGGUGUUAACUACUCUGACAUGCCUUAUAAUCAUCAUGAAGAACAGAGCACCUUCUGUGCGUCCAUUUUCACGACUUCAGCUGCAGGAAGAUGAUGACGAUCCUUUAAUCGGAUAACAUUCACUGGCUCUUGUCUUUAAAACUGGACAUGACAGCUAGACUUGCACUGGAUAACAUCUUCAGAAAAACAUUAUUAAUCUACCCAGAAUACUGGAGGUGACCAUAAAAUCUGUGAAAAACAAAUGUUGAACAGAAUCUGUUUUGUAAUAGAAAGAGCAUUGCAUCUAUCAGCUAAAGCAGCAAGAAUAGUAGUUUAAGCAACUCAAAUAUUUAUGUAAAACGAUGGUCCUUCGAGCCCUGGAAAUAUCUUGUCAGCUCCUAAAUUUGAAUAAUUGUAUUGAAGUUCUUGAGCUGGUAUAAGCCGAUUGUGAAAAUUGUGAUUCUGCUUUCUUGUGUUCAGCUCACUGCUGUAAGAACAUCUGCUGCAAGGAUAAAGUUAUCUAGUUUAAAGGUGACUAGUGUCGGGAGGACUUCCACUGUUACCCUGUCAUUGUGUAUGAUAUCAUUCUCUAGAAAUAGAUUUUAAUUUCACUGAAAACCUUUCAGAGAAAUGUAAGCAUCAGCAGUUAUAACCCUCCAACAGUACUAAAGCAGGUCAAACUACUUUAUACAACUCUGCCCCAAAGAAGCAUACUUAGGCUAUCUUGAGUGUCCUUUCCUUGUAAUCUGAAGACUGAUUUAAGCAUUACUUGCCACCUGUGGCUGCCACCAGCAGGCUUUUUUCUGUAAAGAUGACUUCUAAAUGUCUCUCUAUGUAUUGUUUCAAAUACAUGGAGCACUUACAUGCUAGCACCACACCGCAGCAGCUCAAGCAUCACAUGUUUGGGCUGACACAUAGUGAAGGCAUUUUACUCCCAUACAAACGUGAGGAACAGCUUUUUAGUGGCAACCAUGCUGAAAUAACCUUUAAAUCAGCUGUCUCUGACCUUUUUUUGAAGUUUGUAUAUACAUGGAUAUGAUAAGGUGCUUUUUACACUUUAAGAGGGUUUUUUUAAUGAGAACUUGCAACAGAAAUGGUACUGCAUAAGGAAAAGGGGAUUACCAAAAAGGCAAGGAAUUUUAAACAAGUGAAAAGCAAAUUCAAGUUCUUCUAAUUUUGUGUUUGUCUAAUGUUUUUCAUGACAGAAGUACACAGGAGGGGAAAGCACCACACCAGCAGGUAGGAAGGAAAGAAUCCACAAUUUGUUAUAGAUCUUCAAAUAGAACUCUUCUUCAGGAAAAGUGGUUUACAAGGUACAAUACCCAACUUCUAAACAACUUGUAAACCACUUCCCCUGAAGAAGAGUUCUAUUUGAAACCCAGUGGGAUCUAUUCUUUAAUAAAUAGCCAUUGCACUGUUCCAGUUUCCUUCCUACCAGUGUUUUUCACUGAAUCUUAAUAACUCAGAUCAAUUCCUUUUCUAUCUGUACAAGAUUAACUUUGUAAGUUAAAUAUUGUAUUCCACUAGCAGAGAUCUUUUUUUUAAACCUCAGUCAGGAAUAUUGCUAGAAUUCCAGUUUGGACAAGUAAACUAAUAUAAAUAUUCAUUAUUUCCAAGAGCUACCUAACUUGCAAGAAAACUAUUUGUAAUAUAGUUAAGAUAACAGAACUUCUUUCUUAAGGAAAACAAAUAUUCAGUGUACCAGUGACCACAUAUUUAAUCUCAGCACUUCUUAAAUAUGAUCAGAACUUUGUUCAGAAUUACCUUUGUAAUUAUAGCAGGCCAGAGAUUUCUAAACCAAUGUGGUCGAUGUCCUUACACUCCAUAACUUGACUUUUAUAUUUGUUUUGUAUGAACUGCUUUUAAAAAAUCUAGAAUAGCAUUGAGGUAAUAUGAUUUUUGAAGAGCCCCACUUGUGCAAGGGGACUUUAUAACACUUCCUUUCACUGGUAAGUAGACUCCUGUAACACUCCCCCCCCCCGCCCAUGGCACCCUAUGAGAUGAGGGGCAGCUGCCAAAAAGAGAUGUCUGAAGCCUUUCCCUAUGAAAAGCACUCGUGUGUGGGGGAUUAUGAAUCUCAUUCAAAAUGAAUUUUUAAAAUGGCUUCUCCUUAAUGUGCCUAUUCUGCUAUUGGUGUUCAGUCUUACAUUGGUGUAUAGGAAACAGUUGAAAUAAAUUAUCAGAUGAGUAUUGUGAAGUUCAGUGUUCUGGAAAGCAAGCUGGGAAGCCAGUUUCUCCUAAGUGUUUGGUUAUUUCUCCUACACUCAAAAUGCAAACUAUCUUGAAAAGAUUGCUGUUUUUAAUGUCAGUACUUACAUAAUAGGAAUACUUAUAUUAUAGGGAGGAAGAACCACUGUCUGUGGAACAGAAAAUAAGCACACUCCAGACUUCUGUCAUAAGUGGGGGAAAGCUUCACAUUCUUUUCAUUUUAAGUGCCCAUUUUAUCUAGGAUACCUGUAGUAUGCUAUAAAAGCAUGGCAAUAUUUCAGCAUCUCUUUUAAGAGUUACUUGACCAAUAAGCACUGAUAUUUACCUGAUUUUUCAUCUUGUGCAGCAUAACAUAACAUGCUGUGCACUUGUAGCAAAGCACUGGUAGUGUUGCACUUCUCUACAGGUGUGCAAAUCCAAAAGGGCUAGUUCAAUUGGAAACAUUGCUUAACCAUCACUUCUGGAGUUGGGCACACUACUUGAAGUAUCUGCACUCUUGUGCAAAAAUGAAACAGUACCAGUGUGUGCGAAUUGCCACCACCCACAUUAACUGCAACAUGUGAGCCAAUAUGUCUAAACUGCUUUUAGAAUUUUUUGUUGACAGGUGGUGUAUAAAUAUUCUUAAUAUUUAAUUUUGACUAAUAUAGCUGCUAAUUAGGAAUAGACAGAACUAAAAAUCAUUUCUGCAGGUAUUUAGAUUAGUAUUCUUACUAGAUAAUGGACUUCAGAACUGCUCAUCAAAUAUCCAAAGAGAAUACUUGAUAUAUGCCUUUCCUUAUUCUUCAUCAUUUUCUCCCCUGCAUGCCAAAACAGCUACAGCUCAAACUUUGGUGGAUCUGGUGACCAUUACUGAAAGCUUAAUCUUUCUUGAGGAUAGCUCCUUCGACUAUAUAUUCAUCCAGAGAGGAUAAAAAAGGAAUUCUGAUCAUCGGAAUAUUGUUUUAAAUGGAUAGUGCCUUAACUGCACUUAAUAGUUGCCUGGCUUGGGUUUCUAUGAAAGAAAUGUUUUAUGUAUAAAGGCUCCUGCUCUUCUUGUUUUUAGGUUAUGCUACUCUAAUAUACCCUGUUAGACCAAACCUGUUCUCUAUGGAAGGAAUCCCAAUACUUAUGUAACCAAUGUGUUAGUUUUCUUGUCCUUUCCUUUCCCACUAAAUUGCUGUGCAUAUGAACUGGUGUAGGAGUUUUGCUUUGAACAAACUGCAUCAAUUGUAACCCAACUUGAAGACCAUUUUGAUCAGAAGUGUGAGUGGUGGUGGAUUAUAAAUCCUUUAAAUCUU